GCCAAUGUAGUGUACAGUAGUGUACAAAUCUUCGCGCUUUCAUAUACAUAUGUAUUACGUACUUGUCAAUAAUUUACAGCAUUUAACGUUUACAUUCUUUGAAAUUUUGUAUCAUAAUUAUUCCUAGAAAAAUAAAAUCGUUACCAUUUAUUAGACAUUUCCUCUACACAGAAUCAAUUUUUUCUAAAUAAUCUAAAAAAAUGUUUGAGAGUUAAUACUUUAGAACCGCCACGUUAGUUUAACACUUUGUAAGUAGCGCGAUUAUUCCGUUAGUAUAGUUGUUCAUAGUUCCAAUACAUUAAUUUAUAUCUGCGACAUAAUGCAUUAAUUGGUAGCAAGUAGAACGCAUUUGAAUAAAUUGUAUAUUAAAAAUACGUAGUAAAAGUAAUAUCUUUUUGUAUGAUAUUAACAUUACAACAAAAAAACAUAUUUAUAAAGGUUAGACACCUACAUAUAUCGAGGAAGAACGUCGAGUUAAAAGUCCUAUGCGACUACAAUAAAAUAUCAAUCAAGUUUAUUUGUAGGUAGUAAAACUGAAAGAAAAAUGGAGAGUAGUAAAGUGGACGAGGAAAAUCAACGUAAUAUUAAUGACGGUGACUGGAUUUGUCCUGAUUCUCAAUGUGCCAAUGUAAAUUUUGCAAGACGAAAUUCUUGUAAUCGAUGCGGAAAAGACAGAGGAGAAUGCCCAAAGAAAAAAAAGUUAGGACAAGAAAUUGGAAAGGCAGCUGCUGAAAAAAGUAGAGGGCUGUUCAGUGCUGACGAUUGGCAAUGCAGUAAAUGUGGAAACGUAAACUGGGCGCGGCGGCAACAGUGUAACAUGUGCAAUGCACCAAAAUUUGGAGAAAUUGAAGAACGUACAGGAUACGGAGGGGGGUACAAUGAUCGGGGAGUUGUCGAAUAUAAAGAAAGAAGAGACGACGACGACGAGUACGACGAAUUCGGACGGCGUAGGAAAAAACGAAGGAUUGAAAAUCGUUCGGACGAUGAUUCCAAAGAUUCUAGGUAUAGCAGUCCACCGCGUAAUAAAUCUAAAGACGAGGAUGAAAGGGACGAGGUACAGAACGAAGAAGAGCAUAAUGAGAAAAAUAAUGCGAAAGAAGAAGUAGAAGAGGUGGAGGAGGAGGAGGUGGAGGAGGAGGAUGAGGAGGAAGAUGACGAAGAGGAUGGUGAUUUAUCUAAAUACGAUCUUAGCGAAUGGGAUGAUAUUGCAGUUAAGAAAAAUACAAAUGGGAGCACUGCAUCUUCGGAAGAGCAACAAUCAAGAGACAGAGAUGAUUGGCGUGAUUCGGGAACAUCCAGUCAAUGAGAGUCUGCACAGAAGGAAAGGUUUGACUUGGGUUUCGGGUAUAAAAGUUGAUCAUGACAGUGAACGAUGAUUUUAAUUAUUUCAAUUACUGAUAUCUUUUUUUUCUAUACUGAGAAUUAUAUUAUAUGAUAGUUUUAGUAAAAUAACAUGGUCAAAAAGGAAGAUGUAGAUUAAGCAAUUCUAAAGAAAUUACAAUGUAAUGCUUGUUAAACAAAUGACUUUUUACAGGUGAGAGAAAAUCCCAAGAGCGACUGUUGCUCGACAAUUAAGAGAUACACAACGCAACAAAUUUAGUGACUUAGUGAGCACCUUUGGAUAAAAGUGAUGAACAAUGUACGACUUAUUGCAAAGGGAAUCGAUUAACAAUAAGCUUUACAAUCUCUGACUGAACACGGAUAGCUUUGUUGGCUGUAUGGAUGGAAAGUGAAACGUAGGUUACUUGUUUACGCGAUAUUGUCUUAAAUAUUGCGUAGUAAUUGCGAAAAAUACUUGGGCGUAGAUAAAAUAUUUCGCUAGUAAAGAAAAAGAAACCCAAAUGAAAUGUGUAACUAUGACGUAAUUCGUUGAAUAAUCUGUUACACGGAUCGUUGUAAAAGUUGAAUCAUGAAUUCGUAAAAAAAGAAAUCUUAUUUCUAACUGAAAAUAUAAAAUCUUGAGAAAGCUCUCUAUCAUGUUACA